AACCUCACAACCUAGUACUGUCUUUAAAACACACAAGAAAUUAAAGUAGAGAAUGGGAGAUUUAAUGUGGGUUAAAGUACUCUUAAUUGUAGGAGUCUUAAUUAUCCUUAAUUCUCAAGCUCAAUCUUUUCCAACUAAUUUGGAAAGCAGUAUAAGUAAUUAUAAUUCAAUUUCUAAACAUAAUCUUAAUAUUUUUGAAUUAGGAGAUUAUAAAGUGACAAACUCACCCAUUAAUGUUAGGAAAAGAAGAUAUUCUGCUCCAGAACCAUUAAUAAUUGUUUCACCAAUACAGGAAGGUUUUUACCCUGUACUCUUGUUUUUACAUGGUACAUUGACUUCCAAUGAAGCCUACUCUGAACUCUUUUAUCACAUUGCUUCCCAUGGUUAUAUUGUAGUUGCUCCUCAGCUAUUCUCCAAAUUCAACUUCCCAAGUCAACAAGCAGAGAUAGACAUGGCAGCAACAGUAGCAAACUGGAUACCCUCAAAUCUAAACAAAGUCUUACAAGACAGAAUCAGCCAAACAGUACAAGCCAAUUUCAAAAAACUAGCAGUAUCAGGUCACAGUAGAGGAGGAAAAUCAGCCUUUGCACUCGCCCUUAAUUACACCAAAACCACUAAACUUACUACCCACAUUUCAGCCUUAAUAGGUCUUGAUCCAGUCGCUGGAAAAAGCAAAAACCAGCGUUUCGAACCUUACAUUUUAACCUACGAACCCAACUCUUUCGACAUUUCGAUUCCAGUUACAAUUAUAGGCACAGGACUAGGCAACAUAACAAGGCUAUUUAUACCGUGUGCACCCAAUGAAGUGAGCCAUCAGCAGUUUUACGAUGAGUCUAAGAAAGCGUCACAUUUUAUUGUUUUGGAGUAUGGUCAUAUGGAGAUGUUGAAUGAUCGGUUUUUCGAUUUGUCGUGGAUAAUGUGUAAAACUGGGGAUGGGCCUAGAAGUGUGAUGAGAAGAACAGUUGGUGGGAUUAUGGUGGGUUUUCUUGAUGCUUAUUUUAGAGGUGAUGGUGAAGAGUAUUUUGAGUUGUUGGAUCAUCCUUCUUUGGCUCCUACUAGUUUGUUUGUUGAAAAGAAAGGGUACUCUGGAUUUGUGUCCAAUUUUUGAGUUGAUUAUUGCAUAUUCUGUAAGACAGUAUCAAUAAGUUGGGCCUAUGAAUUAUCAACAAUGAUGUUAUGAAAUAAGUUGUACAAAUUGUAUAAUCUCUAAUUCUUUUUUGUUUGCGUACAUGUUUGUCAUCGAUACAAUUAAAUUAACCAAUAAUUAUUUGUCGUACAAA